UCCAUCUGGGUGAAUGGAGAGCGCCUGGACUCGCUGCUGGAGCGGGACGAGCGGCAGGAGCGGCAGCUGGAGGACCUGGAGGAGAGGUUUGGUUUGCUGGAGGACGGCGUGGACGACAUCUUCCAGGACAGCACCCAGGUCUACGGCCGCCUCCACCCCUUCUUCGCCGCACCCUUCGGAGCUUUCCGCGAAGCUUUCCGCCCCCCAAUCCAACGCGUCCGCCUCGUCCCCCCUGGCCGGAGGUUUUCCCGGGACCUGCACCCCUUUUUUCAGCACCCCCACCACGGCUUCCACCACCUCUUCACACCCCUCUUCGAGAUGACCCAGCGGAUGCUGGAGGAUGCCCAGGGUGGCUGGGAGCGCCCCUUGGGUGGCUUUGCUCCAGAGUCCCGAAACUUCAGCGACGAGCGCAUGGUUUGCCGGGAGAUCCGGCGCAACUCGGCCGGCUGCCUGCGGAUGCGCGAUGAGUGCGAGAAGUGUCGGGAGAUCCUGGCCGUGG